UGGAGCUCAGCCAUCUCUUCGCAGCUGAUUUUAUGUGAUGCUGCAGCAGUAUUGUGCAGACGGCGAUGCGCACACGCGUGUGAGGGCUCAGCGGUAGGGGGACCUCCUCUCCACCAUAAACCGGGUUUUAAUUCCGUUCACAUAGCGAGACCCCGACAGAGUCCACCACUGAGAUUCACACACCCUGUACCAUUACGGAUUUAUUGCUUUUAAGAGUCUGUUUUCAACUGUUCUGCGAGGUGAAUCUCGAGCUCCUGUUGGCCUGAAGCCUAAAUCCAGUCCCUUUUUGUCGAUAAUUCACUGCCUUUUCACGGACACUUUAAUCCUCUUUUAAAGGGCACACCACAGACAAUCAGCCAAACUGAGGCAAAUAUCCUGCAUGGAGGACGAGAGGAAGGAAAUAAACAUGGGGAGGAACAGGUUGAGUAAAAAGAGAGAAUAAAGCAGUAGGUUCAGUGUGUGUAGAUGAGGCUGUGAGAGAGUGAGUGUAUCAGGAUGACAAUGAAAGGCUUGUCCUCCAGUCGCAGUCACCACAACACACUCACACACUGCGACCCCUCCUAUGACUCUUUGACCCUUCGUCAUGACCGACACCCCUAUGUCCUUAACCCUGCCCAUUUGAAUGACCACGCCUACUAUGGAUGCCAGUCGGACCUGGCCAGCAGCACGUUUCCACGGCGACAUCACAGUUCACAUCACGAGGUGAAGGACGAAUGCGCCAUAGUGCCCUAUGUAGGACCAGGGGGCAUUGCCGGGGGAAGUGGGUGUGGCCUGUCUGGCAUCCCCCCACCCCUGGUGGAGCAGUUUGACCACCAGCAACCAGUGCGAAAGGAUGGCUAUCACACCUUGCAAUACAAACGCACAGCGGCCCUGGAGCACCAGCGCAGUGACAGUCCUGGGCGAAUACGGCAUCUCGUACAUUCCGUCCAAAAACUGUUCACCAAGUCCCACUCCCUGGAAGGUCCCAGCCAACGUAGCCUCAACGGCAAUGAUCCCGCCAUCCCCACCGAUGCUAUGGCUACUGCUGCCUCCCACCCUAACGUCUCCACAAUGACUGUAGGCACCUUGCACAAAACGUCAAGCAACAAACGAGGGAAGAGCAAGGAAAGAAGUCGCUCCGAGCCCAAACCCCGUGCUCACUCACCCGGCUCGGGUUACUGGAGCUCUGACGACACCUUGGACCGGGAGAUCUGCCUGUACCACCAGCACCAACCCUCUGGAGUCAUGACCAUGGGGCGUCAUCCCGACAAAUCUCAGUCCCACUACUUCCUGGGUCAGAAUUACAACACACUAGGAGGGGGACGUUCCUCUCUGAAGACAUCACGCAGCAACAACGAUGUUGGAAGCUGCACCACAUGCUCCAAUAUCACAGGAGCCACGCUGGCUAUCAGAGGUCCAACACCAGUAGACCAGCCUGGACCUCAAGUCAAGAAGAGCUCCUGGUCUAGCACGCUGACGGUGAGCAGGGCCCGAGAAGUUUACCAAAAGGCCACGGUCAAUAUUGAUAAAGCCUUAGUCAAAGCACAGACCUGCCAGCAGGGACGAACCUACCAGUUUUUACAGGUUCCUCAGGAUGAGUGGAGUGGGCUCUCAUCCUUGAGUCAAGAUGAUGAGAUCCCAUGCAGAAGGAUGCGGACUGGCAGCUACAUAAAGGCCAUGGCAGAGGAUGACAGCGGAGACUCCGACUGCAGCCCUAAACCCUCUCCCAAAGUCCAGGCACGGAGAGCCAGCUACCUUAAAGCCACCCAGCCCUCCCUCACCGAGAUGACCACGCUCAAGAUCAGUACAGAGUCGCACUCUCCCAAGCUGCAGAUUCGGAGUCACAGUUACCUACGUGCGGUGAGUGAGGUUUCAAUCAACCGCAGUUUGGACAGUCUGGACCCAGCUGCCCUACUGGCCUCUCCCAAAUUUCGCUCCCGAAAUGAGAGCUACAUGAGGGCCAUGAGCACCAUCAGUCAGGUGAGCGAGGUGGAAGUGAACGGACAGAUAGAGGCCGUGUGUGAGAGUGUAUUCAGUGAGAUGGAGUCAAAGGCUGUGGAUGCUCUGGAUCUGCCCGGGUCUGGAUGCUUCCGAAUGAGGAGUCACAGUUAUGUGCGGGCAAUUGAAAAGGGCUGCUCACAGGACGAGGAGGAAGAGGAGAGGACGACACGCCAGGCCAUCUCACCACCUCGAUCUGCAACUACUGUUAGAACCAUUCAGAGCAGCACAGUAUCAUCAUGUAUAACCACCUACAAGAAAACUCCGCCCCCGGUCCCACCCAGGUCAACACCCACCAGACCAUACAUCUCCAUUACAGCCCAGAGUAGCACAGAAUCAGCCCAGGAUGCCUACAAUGAGCUAACCGGCUCAGUCCCUCCUAUCCGGGCCUUAACAGCUGCCCAGUCUGGCCUCAGCAACUCCACAGAGAGCAUCGAUAGCAUGAAGGCCCUGACGGCAGCCAUUGAGGCAGCAAAUGCUCAAGUCCAUGGCCCAGCCAGCCAACACGUAACAAACAGCACCAUCACCAUCACCACAGCGACCGCCACUGCUAGUGUAACACACAUCUCACAAGACGCUAAGAGAGACGCCCUUAGGAAGUGCCUGUCCAUUGGGAUACAGGUGGAUGGUCCUGAGGAAACUGGCCAAUCAAAUGUGCAUUGCAAGUUUCAGUCGGUGGGCAUUCAAGUAGAGGAUGAAAGAUGCUAUCACAGAGUCACACGUUCCAACAGCGUCACCACUGCCGUUCAAGCUGAUCUUGACCUUUUGGAGGGUCUCGGGGAUGACCAGUUGGCGCAGACAUACCAGGGCCCCAUCAUCCGCCAGCCGUCCCAAGAUGCGGCCACCUCCACCGUCAGCAUCCAGGGCAUUGGGAACCAUUACCACGCCUGUACCCAGGAUGAUUACUCUGAAGUGGGCUUUGACCCGUCCAUCCUGCCCCCACCAGUAGCCUGGAUGGAUGGCGCGAUGGAGGAGGAGUAUGGGGGAGGAGUGACAGUAUCUGUGUGUCCGCAGGACGGACGCUGGUUUCUGAAGCUGCUGCAGGCAGAGGUGGAGAGGAUGGUGGGGUGGUGCCAACAGAUGGAGCAAGAUGAGCGAGAGAAUGAGCUGCCCGAAGAGAUCCUUGGCAAGAUUCGUAGUGCGGUGGGCAGCGCACAGCUGCUGAUGUCACAGAAAUUCCAGCAGUUCCGAGAGCUCUGUGAAGAAAACUUGAAUCCCAACGCCCACCUGCGGCCUGUGUCUCAGGAUCUGGCAGGAUUCUGGGAUAUGCUGCAGCUGUCUAUUGAGAACAUCAGCCUGAAGUUUGAUGAGCUGCACCAGCUGAAAGCUAACAACUGGAGAGCUCUGGAUCCUCCUGAGAGGAAGGAGAGGCCUGUGCCCCCUCCGGUACCCAGAAAGCCGGGGAAGGGUCCCGCCCUGCUAGUGCGAGACCGAUCUCUGGAGGGCUCACAGCGGCUGGAGGCACGAAAGCGGCUUCUAGCUGCUAAACGCGCGGCUGCCUCCCAGCGCCAGAGUUCUGCCACAGAAUGUGCAGACAGCAUCGAGAUAUACAUCCCGGAAGCUCAGACACGAUUAUAAACACUCUCACACUGAAAAUCCUGAAAAGAGGUGCUUAGAGGCCUAAAUAGACACUGAAUGAUAAUGACAAGGCAGGGUAGCUGUUACAUAAUCAAUCCUUUUUUUUUGUAAAAGAGAGUUUUUACUGUUCUACUGUAUGUAUUUAGGACUAAAAGAAAUUGUUCACCCUAAAAUUAACAUUCUGUCAAUAUAAACUCACCCUCAUGUCAUUCCAAACACAUUUGACUUUCUUCUGUGGAACACAAAAUUUUAUAUUUUUGAAGAAUCUUCACACAGGUCUUUUCCAUGUCAUGACAGUUCUUAGUGACCACGUCUGUUAAGCAAAAAAAAAAAACAUUAAAGUACAACUUGUACUCUAUAUUAAUAUACUGUAUAUAUGAUAUAGUCUUCUGAAACUAUACAAUAGCUUUGUAUGGCUCCAAUUUGUGAACAAAUCAAUCUGAUUCAUCAACGAAUCUGUGAGGUUCUCGAGUUAACAGCUCAUUGGUGUGGAAGAUUCUCAGUGAAUAAUGAUAAAAAUGUUGUUCUCUGUUUGUCACACAAAGUUAUCAUAUCACUUUAGAAGACUUGGAAUAUAAUGCACGAGUCAUAAGGACUACUUUUAUGUUGCUUUUUUGGUGUUUAUUUAAAAUGUUUGAGUUUAACGGACAUGUGUCUUAGUUUGGAAAACGCUGCGUAAAGAUUAUUCAAAAAUUCAAAUUUUUUGUUCCCUGGAAAAAAUAAACAUGCAGAUUUAGAAGUUCACAAAUGUGAGUAAAUAAUGACAGAAUUUUCAUUUGUGGGCAAACUAUUCCUUUAAUUUUAUUCUCUUCCUCUCUGUCCUGUCAUCUGCGAUGUAGCUCCCUUGUUUAACUCCUAAAGACUUUUAAAUAUUUCUAUUAGACACUAUAUUAUAUUUAAUUGUUAAAAUAACCAAUAAUAUAUAAUUUAACAAUUAUAUAUAUAUAUAUAUAUAUAUAUAUAUAUAUAUAUAUAUAUAUAUAUAUAUAUAUAUACAGUAUACUCAUGCCUACAACACAACAUAUUGUGUCUGUUGAUACUACUACCCAAAUAAUGCACACUGAAUUUCUAUUAAGUAUUACACAAGUUUAAUAUUGUCAUUUGUAGUUUUUUGCAGUUACAAUGUAAGAGCCAUAUGUCUUGUGUUCUCAUGGAGGACAUAAACUACUAAAAGGGCAACACACCGAUCACUUCUGAAGAGUUUCACAUCGAUGUUUGUGUGUGUGUACAGGUUUUGCUAUAUUUGUAUGGGCCAAAUUUUGGGAAAUAUCUUGAUUUAUAUAGUAAAACAUGUCAUUUGAAGUGGUCAUUACUAUUUAGUGUUCAUAAAUUAGCCAAAUCAUGUUUUGAUUUAAAUCCUGUGGUUUCUGUGAGGUUUGGUUUAUGGGAAGAAGCAGUGGCGUUGCAAGGGGGAGGGUCCGGGGGUUUAAGCCCCUGAUGUAUUGUCCUAAGCCUCUGAGCUUUUUUGAAGAUUUAUAUACAUUUCACAUCACAAAUAAUAUGUUUUAUGACUUUGCCUUUGUUCGCCUAGUAGUUCGUCUGAUAAAAAGCAGUGGGAGCUGGCCAUGGUAGAUAACCGCUUGUGCAUUCAUUCAGUUCACUGCAGAAAUGACUGUCGGCUGGGUUUUAAAGCCCUCACAUUUAUAGCCAGCUGUUGUACAGUACUUGUUCUGGCCAGUAUGUGAUACUGUUGUCACUUGGCAGGUUUCAACAAACCGUCAUUGUUUCAAAGAACUGAUGAGCAGUGUUGGGUAAGUUACUCAAAAUAGUAAUCCACAAAUUACACAUUAUUUCUCUUAACUUGUAAUUGGAUUACUUUACUUAUUCUUUGGAAAAGUAAUCACAUUACUAAUUACUUUACCUUUAAAAACUUUUCCGCUCAACAAAUUCAAAAUAGUGUCUGUUGCUUCCUUGUUCAUUGUUCAAGUCAUACACUCAGCACCUCACAUUUCUCCGUCACAUUGACUUGUUACAGGGCCAUAAUUAAUGUAUUCUACAUAUGAUAAAUAUACAGUUCACACCCUGGGAUUCGAUAUGCUAGUUCGAAUCCCAGGGUGUGCUGAGUGACUCCAGCCAGGUCUCCUAAGCGAGGAGGUUACACAUGACCAAAUUGGCCUGCUAGGGAGGGUAGAGUCACAUGGGGUAACCUCCUCGUGAUCGCUAUAAUGUGAUUCGUUCUCGGUGAGGAGCGUGGUGAUGGCGUGAAGCCUCCACAUGCGCUAUGUCUCCGUGGCAACGCACUCAACAAGCCACGUGAUAAGAUGCGCGGGUUGACUGUCUCAGACGCGGAGGCAACUGGGAUUCGUCCUCCACCACCCGGACUGAGGUGAAUCACUACACGACCACGAGGACUUAAAAGCACAUUGGGAAAUGGGCAUUCCAAAUUGGGAGAAAAAAAUUAAAAAGAAGCAUAACCCUAUAAUGUACUUAAAUGUAAUUAAUUUAAUUGAAAGUCAGUAACUGUAAUCUGAUUACAAGAAUUUAAAAUGUAAUGCAUUACACUGCUUUUUUUACUAAAAAAGUAAUUAGAUUACAGUAAUUCAAUUACAAAGUAAUUAGUUACACCCAACAUACAUGAAGUAAUAUGCAUGCGUAUCCAGGUACUAUCCACUGUUCAGUGAAUUUGAGAUCUUAUGUCUAAAUUCUAUGCUUAAUAAUUGUUUUCAGUUGACAAUGAGACCUGGUAAGUUUAUAGGUUGAACUUUGACAUUAUUUGGGGAAAAUAAAUUAACAUUAUUCAAUGAAAUACAUUAUAAAAUACACAUACAUUGUAUAGGAACAAUGUUCUCUACCCAGAACAGACCAGUAAAUGAGAAGCAGAUUGAUAGAACUUUAUUUUUAUAGAUGUAGAUAGUUAUUUUUUAAAGGGCCAGACUUCUUAUAUAUUUCUUAUAUAUUAAUUUACCUCCAUACCAUGUAAACAAAUAAACAACGUCAGAUCAAGCAUCAUGUGGUCAGCAUCCAGUAGGUAGCUCACAUUAUCAUUCAGUACACCAAAUUAGUGCUGUGUACUAAUUAGCAGCACACCCUUUCUUUACUUGUGUGAUUUCUUUAAAAUCAAGAAAGAGGGUAAUAAACAAAAUAGACAACAAGAAUACUAGGAAUCAUAAAUGUGUUUGGUCAAAAUGCAAUAAAUGCAGAAUGUUGGUGUUGUAUAUAGUGUCAUUUUUUUAUUUAUUUUUUUACACAUUUUAACGUGUUUCAAAAUGAAUUACAUGGGUGGGUUCUUUUGGGGCUAAGCCCCUUAUGUCUUCCAACCCUAGCAACGCACCUGGGUAGAAGUAGGGUUGGGUUUCAGCAAAUAUAAUUUUCUUCAUCUAAAAACAAUUGUGUUAAUGAGAUGUCCUCACUAAUAUAGCGAAACCAAUGUGUGUGUGUGUUUAUGACAGGCUUUCUGUAUGUGUAAUACACUCUCUCACGUGUCACCAUGCACCUUUGAGACAGGGUGAGGUUGUUCUGUUCUAAGUAUCAGGGGACAGAAUGGCAAAACCACCUCUUCUCCUCUUUCUUCUCAUAUUUUCCAGCCUCUCACAUGGUCAUCUUCUCCUGUCCUCUCACAUUUUACUUUUUCAACACUAUCUCAUUUCCUGUCUGCUCACUAUCUUUACUCUGCAGUACUGCUCACCUGUUUGAGUGACACAGAUGUCCAUCAAAUGUGACAAAUGUAACAUCUUUACUUGCCCAUUUCAUCUGCUCAACACGUUCAAGUCACUGACUGAAAUGCUGUCAAAAUGUGCCACUCUCAUAAAUUAGCAAUGUGUCAUGUUAUGAAACAUUACAUACUGGCAGCCAGUAUGUACACUGGGUCCUAACCAGGCGUGAUGCGAUAAAUCGACAAGUGAUAAAAGCGUUCUCUCCCAUGUAAAUCCAAACCAACAAAAACUUGUUUGGUUUCUUCAACAGAACUGUACAUUGCAUAUCAAAUAUUUUCUAAUUGGUUGUGACUGUGCCACAUAGUGCAACAGUUUCGUAUUCAGUUUAAACAGACAAAUGUCUUGUCUCUGGAAACUUGUCGCAUUGCACCUGUUUAACUUGACAUUAUUUUGAAAAAUGUACACUGUUUAGAGUAUUUUGUAAAUAUUUAAAUUAUGAAUUAUUUGAGGUUCCUGACUGCUCCCUAAUAUAGCUCCUCACUAUAUUUGUCUAUAUGUUUGUAUAAAAAAAUUAAAAAUAGAGUACAGUUGCAGUAUUUUUUAAUGCAGUAAGUAGGAGUUGUAGAGAUAUUUACAACCUGACGAAACAACAUCCGACCUGAAAACAUCUAUCAUUUCCUUCUCUACCAUUACUCUUCAAAGUAUCAUUUGAAAUACAAAAGCUGCAAUGUAUUGUCUUCAUAAAUGACAUACACUGACUAAGCAAUUUAUUUAUUCACCGUAUUAUGAUCUCAAGAGUUGGCAUGAUAGUGUCUUUAUCUUUGGCCAAGUCAGUGUGUGUGCAUUUGUGUGUUAUUUCCUCAUCAAAGUGCAUGUACCCAAGUGCUUCCUAAUUUUCUCUCUUUUUUUAAAACUGAAAUGUAGCACAUAAUACUUUGUAAUAUAAAUCAGCUUCUUUCCCUCCCUAAUUUUAAUUUAUAUUAAGAUGUAUAUACUUUCAGUAACCCUGCGGAGACAGUGCAAGUUGACACGUGUAUCAAAGCAGAGCACAUACCAUCAGUUUUAUUAUUUUUCUAUUUAAGGAGCCCUAUUUUAACUGUUACAAUUCAGUGCCACACACUUUUGUGCUGCUCUCAUAUAAUUGAUUUGUAAACUGCACUGCACUGACAUAUUUCUCAAUAUUUGCUUUUGUCUGAUCGAACCAUCUAAUCUUUUUCAGUAAUAAAUAAUACUCAUUUGCACUUGUUACAUUUGUUAAAUAACCAGAGCUAUUUCUUUUUGCUUUGGCUCAAGAUGUUUCACUGUGGAUAGACACAUUACUAUAACUAUAUUGAUAUUAACUUCCCAGCAGCCAAUGUGCAUCCACUCUCUAUUUUCAUAUACAGUUCAGAUGCAUUGGCUUUCAUUGUUGUUUCCUUGUAGGAUUUAUAUUAUUGACUAAACUCUUAAAGUUCCAGUUAUUAUGCACUAGAGAGCCCUUCUACUGUGGUUAAUGUUUGUUUUCAAAUAUUAUUGAUGUUAAACGCUCGGCCUUAAUUUAUGAACAUGAUAGUCGUGCACAACGUAGCCUCAGGGGAGACUAUAUAAUGUGUGUAUGAAUGUUUGUGUCUGUGUAUCUGUGUAUGUUUGUAAUAUCCAUUCAUAUUGAUAUUCAUACUAAUAUUUCUUUUUACUGUAUCAAUUCAUUGAAAAUAGUUCAGUAGUAUGGGACAUUUACAAUCCAAAUGUAACUUUCUUUGAUUUAUUUUUUCCAGUUCCAGUUUUAAUAUGCAAAAGAAAGUGACACUAAUUUUUGACAGUCAAAUAAAAAAAAGUAUUUUUUAAAUCCUGAAUACCUUUAGCCUACUGAAAUAUAGACUCAUUUAAGUCUAUUGAAAUAUAAAUUGGUGGCAUUUAGUUUGAUUAAAUCAUUUUUCAGCCCUUUUUAGUAUUUAAAGGGUUAUUUAUGAGACAUCAGAGAGAUAUUUAGUGAGACUGUGACCCUAAACUUUUUCCUGAAAGAUAUCACAAACUUGGACAUAUGUCAUUGUUUUGAUUGUCAUUCACUGAUGUGGAAAAUAUUGGUUUAUAUAAAAUGAUAAGUCCUGACUAGAAGAUAAUCAAAUUGCGUAUUAUUGCCAAAUAUAAGCACCCACCACAAUGGACUUUGGGAAAUGAAGGCAGGUUAUUAUGUAUUUACUGUUCUUUUACAAGCAUAACAUUUAUCAAAAUGACUGUGUAAAUACAUGAAUGUUCUUCAUUGUAAAUGUAACCUACAUCUAAUGAUAUCUUAUUACUUACAUUUUGUAUUUAUUGUAACAACACUGUUGAUGUUAUGGCACGUGUAUUUUGAUCAUUAAAAAUUUACAGACACA